AUCUUCCAUUCCCUCUUUUGUAAUGCUUUUAAUGACUAGUAUAGACACAAGUUUGUUCAUUACUAGAGAGUGUGGAUCCACUGCAGACAUCUAAAUCUUCAAGAUUUAAGUGUUCAGUAAAGUGUUUGACAGUUUAGUGGAUAUUUGGCUGAAGACAAAAGACCCUGGUUCACCUUGUGAUGUGUCCACAUGGAGGAGGGCUCACAACAUGGGAGUGUCUCCCAUUCCCUCUUUUGUAAUGCUUUUAAUGACUAGUAUAGACACAAUAGUUUGUUCAUUACUAGAGAGUGUAGAUCCACUGCAGACAUCUGAAGCUUCAAGAUUUAAGACUUAAAGAUGAUAAUCACCAAUGUACAGUUUCAAACAAUGAUUUGUCUGUAUCUUAUAAUGAUCCUCAUAAGUCAGACAAUGGCUUUUAUGCCGUUGUUCACAAAAUCUAAAAAGCAUCAGGACAUAACUCAUGAUGCAAUUCUACAGACAACAGCUGAUGUCUGCAUACAGCAAGCACUCAACAAGGGACGAAAAUUUGUUCUGAAAUUGCCAAUGAAUGUAAACUCAGUGGCAGAAGCUUGUUCCUCAUCUAAAUCAGCCAAAAGUUUUCAAAGGAGCAUCGAUGAGAUAAAUCAUUACAAUGCCUGGGUUGACUUUUGGAAAUUUUUUAAAUCAAGUUACCAUUUUUGCAAUGAGAAGUUUUUGGCUGGAAGGGAUAUUAUUACUGAAGGAGUUUCUGCUGCCAAAUACAGUGUCAAAAGGGGAAGAUAUGAAACAGCCAGAAAGCAGAUUGGUAAAAUCUUACACCCUUUGCAGGAUUUCUACAGUCAUAGUAACUGGAUUGAGAUGGGAAAGCGAAAACCUUACUCCAACCUGAUUAAACCAAACACCCCGAUUGACAACAUAGCAGAUUCAGAAACAUGCAGAAAAUGUACAAGAAGCAUCUGCAGAGGCAACAUCCUGGAAGAUGUCAUCAAAAAGCAGAAACUAACAUCAUCAUACUUUGGCUGGUCCAAACCAAAAGGAAAAUGCAGUCAUGGAGGAAAAGGUGAUCCAUCAAGUUGGUUUCAAGGUGGCAUAAAUAAGGAUACUGACAGCUCCAGCCAUGGUUAUCUGCAUUAUGAGGCAGCAUCGGUAGCUACUGCUGCUACCGGAGAACUACUGCAGGAUAUAAGAGCAGCAAUUGGGGAUUCUGAAUUUCUUAGACUGAUGGGAUUCAGCCAGACUUCAGUACUGUGUUUUGUUAUUGAUACCACUGCCAGCAUGUCUCGUGACAUUGAUGAGGUCAAGAGAUUUACUUCAUCUCUCAUUGACAGUAAAGUAGGCACAGCUGUUCAACCUUCAGAAUACAUCCUCGUGCCAUUUAAUGACCCUGAUUAUGGCCCACUAACAAGAACAUCUGAUCCUAAUGUGUUUAAAAGAGAACUUAAUGCACUUAGAGCUCAUGAUGGAGGAGAUAACCCUGAAAUGUGUCUUUCAGGUCUCAAGCUCGCCCUCACUGGAUCUCCACCACAGACUCAGAUUUUUGUUUUCACUGAUGCUGAUGCAAAAGAUAAAUGGUUGGCAAGCACCGUGAAAGCACUGAUUGAGAAAACAAAGUCUGUUGUGAACUAUAUGCUAACGCCACAGCAUAGACGUCGCCACAAGCGAGAAUCCACUCAAUUGAACGAGGUCUACUAUGACCUGGCUCAGGCCUCUGGAGGUCAGGCUAUAGAAGUAACCAAAGAAACACUAGGCCAGGCCACUAGCAUUAUUGCAGAUAUCUCCAGCUCUACACUGGUCACACUAUUCCAAGCUGUUAGAAACCCAGUAGAUACUGAAAACUUCUCAGUCUUUGUGGAUUCCUCUGUGCAAAACCUGACAAUUUACAUAACAGGCAACUCUCCAGAUUACACCAUCACUAGUCCCUCAGGAGUCUCACAGAGCAGCACUGAACUAAAUGGGAUGUUGGGGCUUAUUCAGAGAGUCGGUAACUUCCAUACAGUGCGACCAAAUAUUGCAGAGCAGGUUGGAUUGUGGCUCUUCAGUAUUAAAUCCACACAGAUGUACACAAUCAAAGUUGUUGGUCAAAGUGCUGUUGACUUCAUGUAUGACUUUGUAGAACUUUCCCAAGGGCUUCAUCCAAGCUAUUCUGUAUUAAACAGUAGGCCUGCAAAUGGCAAUGUCACCCUGUUGGUGUCCAUGGUCGGUGGGGAUAGUGUGAGUCUUACAGAGGUGUCUCUGGUCAAAGCCUCAAGUUCAAUCUCUUUAAAUGGGUCACUAGAAGAGGUAGCUAGUGGCCAGUACUUAGUGACCUUCAACAGCAUCCCGGCACGAGAGUUUACUGUUCGUGUGUUUGGACAGAUCAGUGUCUCUAGGUAUACAGCUAACACCUUUCAGAGACAGUCACCAACUCAGUUCCAAGCAUCAACUGUGACCAUUACUACUCAACCUGUUGGAACAAUGGAACCAGGAAAACAAUUCACUCUCCCUUUCACACUCGCAAACAAUGGCACUGCUGGAAGCUUUAAUAUCAAUGUCAGCAAUGAUCACAAUUUUGAAACUCAGUUUAACACGUCCAUAACUCUUGAGAGUGGAGUCAGUGUGAAUGAUACAGUAACUCUGACUGUACCUGAAAAUACUCCCUCUGGAACUGAUGUCACUGUGACAAUUGAAGCUGAAGCAGUUGAUGGAAGUGACUCCAACUACGCUGUGCUACGUAUCGCUAUCAUUGCUCCGAUAACAGAUUUUACUCCUCCCUUGUGUGAGGCAGUCAGUGUAAAUGCUAACUGCUCAGGCAAUUGCAGCCUCUCCUCAUGGUACCUCACUGCUAAUGUGACUGAUGGAAAUGGGUCAGGAAUUCAGAGUGUGAGAAUCCUUAAGGGAAACGGCAACCUCACCACUACCACUGUGUUCAGUGACACAGGUGUGAAUGUCACUAUGGUCAUCUACAAUGCCUCUUGCUGUUCACAGUUCCUGGAACUAGUUGCUGUGGAUGAAGCAGGAAAUGUUGCUUCCUGUUUUAAUUUUGUAAGAGUUACAGAACUAAGCACCAGCACUGCACCCCCUGUAACAGCAACAUCCAUGUCUCAUCUCAUCCACCAAACCGGCACUAAUAGUGCUGAAUGUUAUUUGAUUUUGCCAGUCCUUCUUUGGCUCAAUGUUGGAGUAUCAGUUUACCAAUUCAUGCAGCUCUAAGUAAACAAAGGAAAAAAAAUGCUCAACAGGUUUAAACUGAGUCUAUACUCUGAAUGUAUUACUCAUUGAUUUGAGAGCCUAUUAUCUUUAAAUGUCAGUUCACAAACCAUUUGUGCUAAUCAUAUUAUUACAUCUGAAAUCUGUGGUAUUGAAUUUUUAUAGCAUCAGUUACUAUUUUUCACUUUCUUUUUGUUCUUAAGUAUUUGGUAUUGUUAUUCACAUACAAAGAAAAACCUGUUUCCUGAGUCUUUUGUGAGUACAGAGAAAAUACAGGAUUAUUGCUAAUACAUGCAAAUAUGGUUAUAAUGUUUAUAAAGUUCUGGUAUAGCACUGGUAUUUCUUGCAUGCAUUGAAUAAUUCUAUUUUAUUGCCAAAAUGUAAAUGCAUUUAUCUUUAAAUAAGAUGAAUUAUAAAGGGAUGUACAGAUAAUGACAUGGGGAUGUAACAUAGUGAAACUAUGUGCUUCCAGGAGAAACACAAACAUAUUCCAUACAUUAUCAUAUCAGUAAUAAAUACAUCCAAACCUAUGUAUAAGCAGAGUUUUAUUUUCUGAAUGACUUUAUUGGUAUAGAGAAAUUCUGCAUAAAUCUAGCUUUAAGAAUUUCGAUGUGGAUUAAAAAUCUUUACAUUUACUGUAACAAAUUAAUGAUGUAGUAUAAUUUACUGCUUCAAACCAAUUGACAAACUAGCUAAUACAAACUUACAAAAAAUGUUACAACCAGACAUUCAGAUAUCCAUUUCUUCAGGAAAAACAACCAAGUGCUAGAACCGAAGUGUGAUGUUUGAAAUGUGUUUAUUUUUAUUUGUACUGGCAGUUAAAAUGUGUAAAAGUGACUAAAAAUCUUGAUUUGUCCUAAAGAGUUUUUUCUGCCUGUUGCAUAUUAUGACACAUCAACUGUAAGAAACCACUAAAAUAAUCCACCAAAA